AGUUGGAACAGCUAUCCGGCGCGGAGUCGAGUCGAUAUUCAAUCUAGCCAUGGCGGCCACGGGUGGAGGGAAAAUUAGAAGCAGAAGAUAUCAUAUCGCUUCUAAACCUUACGCCAAAAGCAAACAGCAGCAGCAGCCAGGCCUGAUUAGUCGAGUUACAGACACAGUCAAGAGCAUCGUCCCUUCCUGGCUGCAAAAAUACUUCAGGAACGGGGAGGCUGCAGAGGGGGGAGGGGCCAUAGUGGUGGCGGAGCAGAACAGCCAGGCCCUGCCCCCUAACGGCAGCGAGGAGGUAGCCCCCCUUCCUGAUGGACGGGACUCUCCGGAACCCGGUACCAGCAAUACAGAGCCUUCGACAAGCAGAGCAUCCCUGAACUUCCAGGAUGUUCUGUCGAGGCCCCCCCUCAACCGCUCCCACCUCCACUUCCCCUCCUUGGAAGCCUCCCCGGCCCUGGGAGGCCCCAGCUCUCUCUUCUCCCAGCCCUCCACCUCCUCUGCCCCUUUCUCCGGGGGCCCCUUCGCUGGGGCCUCGUCCAGCUUCUCCCUUGUCAAAGAGAUAAAGGACAACUGCUCUCAGCACGAGGACGACAACAUCUCUACCACCAGCGGCUUCUCUUCACGCGCAUCAGAAAAAGAUGUACCGAACUCUAAGACAGCAUCGCUACCCCAGCUCUGGUCCCCGGAGAUGGACCGGACCCACUCUGGGCCCCAGCAGUCCCAGUCCAGUCUCAAGAAGCCUGCGUUCAACCUGUCUGUCUUUGGGACUUCCUCCACUGUGAGUGUCAGUCAGUCAAGUCAGUCCUCCACUUCUACGAUGAACAGUUCAGUGCUGAAUUCCAGUCAGUUGGGGGAUUCCCCCUUCUACCCAGGGAAGACUACCUACGGGGGAGCGGCUGCUGUUAGAACAGCCCGCUCACGCACAGCCACACCUUACCAGGCUCCAUUGCGGAGACAGAUCAAGGCCAAGCCUGCUGCGGCUCAGCCCUGUGGGGUGACCAGCGCUACCGCCCGACGCAUCCUACAGUCCCUGGAGCGCAUGUCCAGCCCCCUCGCCGAUGCCAAGAGAAUCCCCUCUACAGUUUCCUCUCCCUUGUCAACAUCACUGGAUGGCAGCACUCUAGACCUUUCACAUUUUCAGGCCAAAAAGAAACGGCUGGACUCUCCCCUCCCCCCAGUCCAGAAGCUUGUGAUCCCGGCAGCAGCGUCGGUGUCGGGGAACCGCUCAAUGUCCUUCAGACCCUCUCUGACCCCAGGGGGCUUGGCUCGGACCCCCAGAGACACGCCCACAAGACAAUCCCCUCUGAUUCCUGAAGCAGUGGCAGGUCCUUCUCAAAGCACAAGCAGCAGUCUAUCCACCUACCCUCUGUCCAGCACUCCUGCAGCCAGCAGCACAGGGUCAGGAGGAGGGAAGAUGAAGAGGGAGAGGACCAGCACAAGACCCUCUUCCAAACGUCCUGAAGACCAGAUCGCUGAGCUAUCGGACCUGCCAGCCAUCUCUCUCCCCAUCAGCUCCACCUUCAGUCUGCCCAGCUUCAGCUUCUUCCCGCCCCCCACCGCCACAGUCACGCCCCCAUCCGCCACAGUCGCGCCCAUUGCCGCUCUCUCUACCGCACCUGUCCUGGAGGAGCCCGUCCCUAACAAGGUGCCACCGACUACAGCCCCCUCUACCCCUCCCUCCACACCUUUCACCUUCUCCUCCCCUAUCGUCAUGGCAACUGCUGCUAGCCCACCGUCCUUCUCCCCGUCUUCUGGAUUUACCUUCAGUGCACCUGUAGUGAAAACAGGUCUGACACUAUCCAACGGGAAGAUGGCCACCCCAGUAGUGGCAGCAGUGAAGCACGCUGCCAGUGAGAGCAUGGAGGAGUUUGAAGGGCCGUUAAAACCAGCCAAGGUGUUGAGACAGGGCAGUGUUCUGGACCUCCUCAAUGGACCUGGAUUUGCCGUUCCUGUUACUCGGACCUCCCCUGUCCCCAAAGCCCCCCAGGAGACCCCAGCCCUGUCCUCCACCACCGCCCCCUCCCUUGGGGACUUGUUCAAAGCGCCUACAGGCUCUUGGCACUGUGAUGUCUGUAUGGUGCAGAACAAACCCACUGACACAAAGUGUGUGGCCUGUGUGACCCCACGACCAAACUCUAGCUCCUCUUUUGCAAAAACCGACAGUAAACCCUUCACAACAUUGUCCGGCCUGGAGGGUUCCACCACCACUACUCCCGCUGCAAGUUUUGGGGCCCUGUUCACAAAGCCUGCAGGAAGCUGGGACUGUGACACUUGUCUGGUUCAGAACAAGCCUGAUGCUGUCAAAUGUGUGGCCUGUGAGACAGCCAAGCCUGGGGUUGGAGUUAAGGCCACACUGACUCUGCCUGCCUUCUCGGAGGCUAAGACUCUGCCCGCUGCUGCCCCACUCCUGGGCUUCGGGGACAAGUUUAAGAAGCCAGAGGGAGCGUGGGAGUGUGACGUGUGCAUGGUGCAGAACAAGGUGCAGGACAUCAAGUGUGUUUCCUGUAUGAGCGCUAAGCCAGGAGCGACCGCAGCGCCUACAUCUCUAACCCCCGCCGCUGUCAGCACCACUCCUCUACUAGGCUUUGGGGCCCAGUUCAAGAAGCCAGAGGGAGCGUGGGAGUGUGACGUGUGCUGUGUUCAGAACAAGGGAGCAGACCAGGCAUGUGUGGCCUGUCAGACCCCCAAGCCUGGGGCUAAAGUAGAGCCCAAAGCGUUUGGUUCCUCAUCGUUUGGUAUCCAGUCCUCGUCUGACUCGGGGGGAUUCAAGUUUGGCUUGGGGGCGUCAUCGGACUCUGGUUCUGGAGGCUUCAAAUUCGGCGGCACCCUCUCUAACUCCUCCUCUUCAGGGGGCUUCAAAUUCGGUGCAGCUGCCCCAUCAGACACCAGCAGCUCUGCAGGCUUCAAGUUCGGAGGCCUCUCUGAGGGAUUCAAAUUUGCAGCUUUUGAUGCUUCCACCCCUGCAGCGGACGAGGGGAAGAAGGAUGAAGCCCCGAGUAUAGGUGCCGGGUUCAAAUUUGGCGUUAGCGGUGGGCUGUCGUUCGGCACUGCAGCAGCUGCUAGCACGGAGAGCGAACCUCCUUACGGAGGGUUCUCCUUUGAUCUGGAGGCAACAUCCUAUUCCUCCUCUUCUACUUUCAGCCUCCCUGUUUCUACAGAGAAUGACAGUGGAGCUUCUACAGAAACCAUGACUACCACCACCACAGCAGCAGCUCCUGUGUUUGGGAAGCUGGCUGAAGCUGAGCCUCCUGCCCUGGCCACACCACUAGGGGGCAGCAUAUUCAGGGAAUCGCUAGAGAAAGACAAGGCCCCUUCUUUCACCUUUGGGAAGCCUGAGAAGGAGGUUGCCUCUAUGGGUUCUGGGUUCCUGUUCAGUGCUGCUAAUAAAGAGGUGGAGGCAUCGGCUCCAUCUAUGGGCUUUUCCUUCAGUAAGCCAGACCCACCUAAGGACCAGCCCAAAGCACCUGCCUUCGCCUUUGGGAAGCCGGAAGACCAGAGUGAGACCCCAGCAGCAGACGCCCCUAAGCCCUCAUUCAGCUUUGGGCAAAGCACAGCAGAUGCUGCAGCCCCAAAGCCAGCAUUUGAGUUUAUGGCCAGCACCACCACCACCACCACCUCUUCCUCCACCACCCCUGUCCCCAGUCUGUUUGGGACCCCCAGCAGCUCUACCCCUGCCCCAGCGCCUAUCCCGGCCCCCAGUACCUUCCUCUUCGGGCAGAGUGCCUCCAGUGAGGCCACCCCAGCCAAGUCCUUCUUGUUUGGGCAGAGCCAGGAUAGCCUGCCUGCCCCUGCAGUCUCUCUGAACCCUGGCCCGGCUCAGCCCUUCCUAUUUGGGUCUGGACCUAAUGCUGCUGCUCCCUCCUUCACUUUUGGAGCAGCAGCGCCCUCCACUGCCUCAUCUGCAGCUCCAUCAGCAGCCUCCGCUCCGUUUGUAUUCAGCCCUGCCUCCUCCACUGGGUUUGGGUCUGGACAAGCUCCUACCUUUGGUCAGGGCACCUCCCAGCCCAGUGCCCCAGCGUUUGGUUCCCCGUCCCCCUUCUCUGCCACGGCCUCCCAGCCCCCUGCCUUCGGGGCCAAGCCCAACUCUGUCCCCGUGUUCGGCCAGCAAGCCAACUCCACUCCUGCUUUUGGCUCAUCCACCCCCGCCACACCAGGUGGAGGUUACCAGUUUGGAGGAGCCAGUGCGUUCGGCACCUCCAGUAACAGCACAGGGGUGUUUGCUUUCGGAGGGGCACCAGGAGGGUCCCCCGCCCCUUCUGCCGCACCCUCCAUCGCACCCCAACCCAGUGCACCUGGAAGUGGUUUCAACUUCGCAGCGCCCCCUACCUUUAAUAUUGGAUCGAAGAGCACCAUCUUCACUGCAGCUGCCGCAGGACAGCACUCAAUCCCCGGUCGCAAGAUCAAAACAGCCGUCCGACGGAAGAAGUAAAACAUCCAUCGGACUAGACUUGACACUUUCAAGCAAAGACAGGACUGAUUCCUCUGGACAAACACUGAAGUACUUAGGGGGUUCAUCAGAGCAUCCUUCUUCACAUGUUAUCUGGGGAUGUAUGGGUGAUACUCUGAUGUGGGGGGGGGGGGGAGACCUCAAAGCAACUAGAGAGAGGGACCCUUGUACAGGACAUGUCAGACGUAAAAAAUUACAACUAUAAAACUGAAAAAGAA